AAAUACCACCGCUCAAGAAAUAGUAUCAUUUUCUUGUCGGUUCGCAUUUCUGGCUUUAACUUAAGACAGUUUCCGUCUUCUUCUCAGUUCUCAGAUUCUGUCGUCUCUUCGAAUCCAAACUCAAGCAAUGCAGCAAGACCCGAAUUCUAGACCCGCCAGUGGAUAUCCAUACCCGUAUGAUCCACCUCAACAAUCCAACGCCAACGGUAACGGUUACCGGUACCAAAACCAUUACUACGCGCCGCAACAUAAUCCACGCGCCAUCCUAAUCCGCCGCCUCUUCAUCGCCUCCAUGGUUAUUCUCCUCAUCUUAGGACUCAUCCUCGUCCUCUACUUCGGCCUCGUCCGUCCCCAAUUACCAUACGCUUACAUCAACUCUCUCUCCCUCUCCAACUUCAACGUCUCCAACAAUCAUCUCACCGGAAACUGGGACCUCCAGGUCCGGUUCCAAAACCCUAACUCAAAGAUGUCGCUUUACUACAACACUGUCAUCUGCACUCUCUAUUACAACAGAGAUUCUCUGUCUGAAACUCGAUUACAGCCGUUCGAUCAAGGGAAAAAAGAUGAGACUCCGAUCAACGCUACGCUCUCUGUCUCCCGGACUUACGUUGACGCUCGAUUGGCUGAUUCUAUCGGGAAAGAGAGAGCGGCGGAAGGAAGCGUAGAGUUCGAUUUGAGGAUGACUUCUUCGGUUACUUUCCGGUAUGGAUUGUAUCGGCGGAGGAGGUACGUUACGGUUUACUGCUAUGAUGUGGCGGUUGGUGUUCCGGCGAAUAGUAGCUCAGGGAAGAUGGUUGGUUCCGCUAAGAGAUGCAAAUCUUUUUGAAAAUGUACAACUUAGGUUUUUUAAUUAAAAAUAAUAUUCUCUCUGUUCCUGAACUUAA